ACUGCCUAUUCAAUCGCCAUCUGCUACUCAAAACGUGGCAAAUUUUCUCAAAUCUCUGCGCACCUUUCCCUUCCUCUCUUUCAUACCGGCAUUUUUUCAGACAGUUUCUGUGCAUAAGCUGUAGACCUGUCUAUGGGGUUGAUUGAGCUGCCCUACACAGUCAGAUAGAUGAGUUCUUCUUUUAGCCAAUGAGGAAUGUCUCUGUAAUUCUCAAUCGUCACCGCCAUCUAAGUCUGCUCUUCAUACCUCUACGCCAUGGCAAUCCCAUUGAGUCUAUCUUGUGCAAAUGUAAAUCACCAGGGUGCCCAAAGGCUGGCGAGGUUGCAAGGAGAAAUGAUACUUGGUUUCCUUUGUCCUCGUUGCAGAAAAAUUUAUAUUCAACAGGUUUCAGCAGUGUUCAUGGCGAAAGGCCUACUGCAGACUACGCAAAAUUGAGAAGGGAAUCCCUGGAAAAUGAAUUUGGGCAUGCUCUUGGAGUUAAUACUUCCAAGAGUAUAUCAGUUGUCUAUCGUUUUGGUCCCUUUUUGGCAUUGUAUAGAGCGGCAAUUAUUUCGUUCCACGUGUUGAAGCUCACUGUCUGGCAAUUGUUUCUUCAGGACAUAAGAAAGCGAGCAAUCAAGUUCCGCGAAACUCUUAUCCGCUUGGGUCCUUUCUUUGUCAAGCUUGGACAGGCCCUGAGCACUAGACCAGAUAUAUUGCCGACUGUAUAUUGUCAGGAGCUUGCAAAGUUACAGGAUCAAAUGCCACCAUUUCCAACUUCUGUUGCAAUAGAUUCUAUUGAAAGCCAGUUGGGUAUUCCAGUCUCACAAAUUUUUGCUGACAUCAGCCCAGAGCCAACUGCAGCAGCGUCUUUAGGCCAAGUGUAUAAAGCUCAUUUGCAUUCUGGGGAGCUUGUAGCUGUUAAAGUCCAGAGGCCAGGUAUGUCGCUUACGUUGACUCUUGAUGCCAUGUUAUUCCAUAUGAUCAGCGGCCAAUUGAAGCGAUUUGCCAAUGCCCAUAAGGACCUCUUGGUAGCUGUAAAUGAGAUGGUAAGGCACAUGUUUGAUGAAAUUGAUUACAUCUUAGAGGCAAAAAAUGCUGAGCGAUUUGCUUCUCUGUAUGCUACUGAUCAAACAGAUAAUCAACAAGCUGCAGCUGGUCCUAACCUCAAAUAUCAGAGAGCAAACAUCAUUAAGGUGCCAAAAAUAUAUUGGAAUCUUACAUGUGAAACUGUGCUUACAAUGGAGUGGGUUGAUGGAAUCAAACUCACUGAUGAAAUGGGCCUGAAGAAGGCUUCUUUGGACCAAAGGAAAUUGAUUGAUCAGGGUUUAUACUGCUCUUUGAGACAGCUGCUGGAGGUGGGAUUUUUCCAUGCAGACCCGCAUCCAGGAAAUCUUGUUGCUACUUGCCGUGGUUGUCUUGCUUAUUUUGACUUUGGAAUGAUGGGAGACAUUCCUCGUCAUUAUCGCGUUGGACUUAUUCAAAUGCUAGUGCACUUUGUUAAUCGUGAUUCUCUGGGUUUGGCAAAUGACUUUCUUUCUUUGGGAUUUAUUCCUGAAGGGGCUGAUAUACAAUCAGUUUCAGAUGCACUGCAAGCAUCCUUUGGUGAUAGGAGCAGACAAUCUCAAGAUUUCCAGGGAAUCAUGAACCAAUUAUAUGAUGUUAUGUAUAGAUUUAACUUGUCUCUGCCCCCUGAUUAUGCCCUGGUCAUAAGGGCACUUGGUUCAUUGGAAGGCACAGCCAAAGUUCUAGAUCCUGAUUUCAAGGUAGUUGAAAGUGCAUAUCCAUUUGUUGUUGGAAGGCUCUUAGCAGACCCGAGCCCUGAUAUGAGAAAAAUUUUGAGGGAGCUUCUCAUCCACAAUAAUGGAUCCAUAAGGUGGAGUCGGCUAGAGCGCCUUGUAGCAGCAAUAUCUGAGCAGGCUUCUGAAUCAUCUGGAGAGCUACCUGAUGCUGAUUGUUCUUCAAAAGUUGGAGGAUGGAAAUCAUUUGAUGUGCGCACUGUUGUUUCUGCCACAGAGGAUCUUUUAUUAUUCAUUCUUUCUGAAAAGGGUCAGAGAGUACAGGUUUUCCUCCUUCGGGAUAUAAUUAGAGCAACUGAUAUUUUUCUACAGGAUGAAGUCUUUGGUUGCUCUUUAACUGAGGAAGUUGAUGCAAAGGAGACAUUGAACUCACAGGAACGAACAUCAGAAAGGGUAAUCAAAGGGUUCCAGUACCUAUGUCAAGCGAUGAAGUUGGGUCCUGAGAUGUGGACAGCAAUGUUUAUUCGCAUGGCAUUGAAGCCUGAGGUUCAUAGAUUUACUUUAGACAUAAUUUCUGCCUUGCACAUGCAUUUUAGCCACAAGUUUCCCGAGACUUUCUGGAUUUGUAUUUCUAGACAGCUACACAAAUUGACAAAAAGAAAUAGAUCUGAUGUUACAUAAUCCGGGGAAUCCAAAAAUAUUCUUUUGAUUUUUCAUCCAAAAAUGUACUUUUUUAUUGGAGGUAAUCAUUUACUAUAGAAA